UGGGUGGCCGCUGCCCGCGAAGGAUGAAGCUCCACUGUGAGGUGGAGGUGGUCAGCCGGCACUUGCCAACGUUAGGGCUGAGGAACCGAGGCAAGGGCGUCCGCGCCGUGGUGAGCCUGUGUCAGCUGCGGGCCCCAGCGAAGGGCGAGCCGGGCCCGCGCUCCGCCUGCCUGCUCGUCUCCACCAUGAAGGACAAGCGCGGGACCUGUUAUGAGCAGCUAAAGGAGAACAUUGAACAAUUCUUCACCAGAUUUGUGGAUGAAGGGAAGGCCACUGUCCGGUUAAAGGAACCUCCUGUGGAUAUCUGUCUAAGUAAGGCCAAUUCCAGCAGUUUAAAGAGUUUGCUUUCAGCCAUGAGACUGGCUCAUAGAGGCUGUGAUGUCAACGCAUCACUUUCGAUGAUCACACCAGUGAAGACUUCAGAAUUUGAAAAAUUUAAAACUAAAAUGGUUAUCACAUGCAAAAAAGAAUAUCCCCUAACCAAGAACUUUCCAUAUUCCCUGGAACAUCUUCAGACUUCUUAUUGUGGGCUUGUGCGAGUUGACAUGCGAAUGCUUUGUUUAAAAAACCUUGUAAGAUUAGACCUGAGUCAUAACCACAUAAAAAAGCUGCCUGCCACAAUUGGAGACCUCACACACCUUCAAGAACUUGACCUGAGUGACAAUCAUUUGGAGUCAUUCAGUGUGGCCUUUUGUCUGUCUGCACUCCAGAAGUCCCUUCGAAGGCUGGAUCUCAGCAAAAACAAAAUCAAAGCACUUCCGGUGCAGUUUUGCCAACUCCAGGAACUUACAGAUUUAAAGCUAGAUGAUAAUGAAUUGAUUCAACUUCCUUUCAAGAUAGGACAGCUAAAACACCUUCGUUUUUUGUCAGCAGCUCGAAAUAAACUUCCAGUUUUACCUAGUGAAUUUAAAAAUUUAUCUCUUGAGUACUUGGAUCUUUUUGGAAAUACUUUUGAACCACCAAAAACCCUUCCAGUUAUAAAGCUACAAGUACCAUUAAGUUUAUUGGAAUUAUCUGCACGAACAAUACUAUAUAAUAGGAUUCCAUAUGCUGCUCAUAUCAUUCCUUUUCAUCUUUGCCAAGAUUUGGACACUGCAAAAAUCUGUGUUUGUAGAAGAUUUUGUCUGAAGAGUUUCAUUCAAGGAACCACUGCCAUGAAUCUGCACUCCGUUGCCCACACUGUGGUCCUAGUGGACAAUAUGGGUGGUACUGAAGCACCCAUUACCUCUUACUUCUGUUCUUUAACCUGUUACGUAAAUUCCUCAGAUAUAUUCAAAUAAUGUCAUGCCAUGGAAAGAAAUAUUAUUCAGUUACAUAUCAGUUGGAUUAAUUAUGACUUAACAAUGUCAGUUUGGAGACGGGGAAGAGAAGCUUUCCACAUUCUUGGUUGUAGUGCGAGUGAGUUUGGGCUAAAAUCAAGUCACUUGACUCUGAAACUUUGAUCUCAUUUAAGCCAAAUUCUGUUGUGGUGUUGUUAGUCAUAUUGUAGUGUGGACUGUAGGAUUAUUUUUUAUAUUUCUUUCACUUACUCAUUUUGCAGUACUGGAGG